UGCGAAUGUUCCUGUAUUCUUCCUUUUUCUUCUUUGGCGUACUAUAUCUGCAUGUACUAGGUAGGCAUCGUGCGAGCUCCGCGGGCCUGCGGCGGAACCGAUCGGAGCGAAGCGGCCCACACCCAAGGCACGUACCUAGGUAAGAUGUGUUACACCACUCUCGAUGUGCGUGGUUCUAUCCAAUACCCGGGGCGGGCGGCGUCCUGCUGCGACGUCUCCGUCACGCUGGUCUCAGGGCAUGCCUGAAUCGACUACACGCUUACGAAGGAUCGAGGAAUAUGAUCAAUUACAUGCCCAAUCCCGUAUCGCAUCUGCACCUACUUCAUGUGUCAUCCCAUCUUUUGCGGCUCGUCUGUGGUGAUGGGCCCUGCCACUUUCGGCAAGUAAACCAUUCUCGUGCUUCCUCGCCCCGGCUGGAUGACUCAGUUAGUGCCGGGUAGGCUGCCCCUACAAGAGCUUCACUAGAGCUACGCAAUUCGCACAAGAGCAAUACGGCGGACUGCCCGCCGCUUCCUGAAACCCAGCACCGUCUCUUCCCGGUUCCCAGUCUACCACUGUACAUCGAUCGCUAUGUCGCUUGCGCAGCUGUCGCAGCUGCUGCCUCUACCAGACGAGGACCUCCAGCAGGUCCUCGACUAUGCGGUGACUCUCUCCAAGCCCGAAGCUGCCGCGCAUUUCAACAAUUUGCUUGGAGACUCGCCCCUCGCUGUCGAUUUCAUUGCUUCCUUCAACUCACACCGAAAGGAGCCCACGGCCCUGCCGUCUACAACAAGCAGCUCUCGACCGGCGGACACACUCGAAGCGGUGCCACGUGCCAAGCGAGCGCCGAAAAAGAAGAAGUCAGCAAUUCACACCCCCGAGGCAAGAAAAGUCGACGAGUACGCCGGGCCAGCAAGCGUCGCAUACACCAAGAAGGACCAGACCCUAGACUACAUUCCGCAGCGGGCAAGCGCUCCAAGCAGCAACCAUGCCUCUCGUUCGGCUACGCCGCCGGCACCAGCACCCAUUCAGCAACCCUCUAAGCAGCACGCCUCGUCUGCGGGCUUCCUGAUAUCUGACGUCCCGUCCAAGGCCAAAGCGAAGUCCAACCCCUCCUCGGGAAGAUCCACGCCGAAACCAUCUGGCGUAAACAGCACCAAGGUCUCGAUUGCAGGGGGCACGCCAAUGGCGGGACAGUCUACGGCGCUGGCUGAUCUAGACGCGGCCAUCCGAGCACUAGAAAUCACCACAAACCCAUCGCUGGAUAACGGCAAGAGGAGAAAAUGCAACUGUGUCGCAACGAGACAUCCUCUGCAGAGUGCCGCCCCAAACUGCUUGUCAUGUGGCAAGGUCAUUUGCAUGAAGGAAGGGCUCGGUCCGUGUACCUUUUGUGGCUCGCCCCUUCUGGAUGCGGAUGAUGUGCAGGCCAUGAUCCGGGAGCUCAAAGACGAACGGGGGCGGGAACGAAUGGCGGUCAACGCCUCUGCCAACAGGCGAGCAGAAGUAUCCAAGAAACCGGUGCCGUUCACGCAGCCACGUGGAGCUGAUGCCAACGAGGGCUCUUCUCUGGCUGACGCCGCGGCAAAGGCUCGCGAGCAUCGCGACAAGCUCCUCAACUUCCAAGCACAGAAUGCUCGAAGAACAACAGUCCGUGACGAGGCUGCCGACUUUGACAUGAGCGGCGCCGUGACGGGUCUCGGAAGCAUGUGGGCGAGCCCUGAGGAGCGCGCCAAGGAGCUGAAGCGCCAGCAGAAGCUCAUGCGAGAGAUGGAGUGGAACGCGCAACCCGACUACGAGAAGCGGAGGCAGGUCCUGAGCAUCGACCUCGUGGGCGGGAAAGUGGUCCGGAAGAUGGCGGCAAUUGAGCGACCUGUGACGCCCGGAUCGGACGAGGAUGAGGACGUGCUUGGUGAGACGUCUGGGAACGCAAACCAUAGCGGCUCUCGUAUGGGAGGAGGCACAUUCAGUGCCAACCCUCUCCUGGGCGCCCUGUUGAAGCCGGUCUAUGAGGUCAAGGAGGACAAUGGCAAAGGAAAGGAUCCCGGAGAAGCACAGAGCCGGCGAGACAGGAAGAAGGGGUGGCGCAGAGUACAGGACGACUUGGACGACAACGAGGACGUCAUUCUAGAUGGUGGUAUACAUGGCCAUGUUGGGGCUACUACUAGCGACGAGCCGGAGUGCGGAUAGAGGACGCCAACGCCCGUGGGGGAUGCAUGAUAGAUAGUUAAAAUCAACAUUGCUCGGAUCUCAGCUGAUGCUGAUUUCCCCGCUAGGUAUG